CGAACAAAAGCAGUUAUUGGCAGCAAGCAAUUUCACAGAAAAGAUGCUAUUUUUCUUCAAUUUAAUAAUAAUGUUGAGUGUUUUCAUUUGGUAUACCAGCUUCCAAAUUAAAAGCUGAUAUUGAGAUUCCUAUAGACUCUAAUUGAAUCUCUUAUCAACAUUGAAAAACAUUCUAAGAAUUGUGGGAAGACAAAAUGAACAAUUUGUGCCACAUCUUUCACCUUCGAAUACAUCUGAAAACAAAUACUUAGAAAAUAUGAGGUAUUUGCUCUCCCUCUAAGGCAAUGUGAACAAUAUUGAAUGUAGUAAUUAAAUGUAAUGUAUCUGUGGUUCGGAUCAGCACCAGCCUCAUGUUUCUUUGUGUCUACAGUCAUGGAUAUCACAGAUAUUGCCCAUGGGAAAAUUGAUGAUGAUGAUAAGCAGUAUUUCAUCCCAUUUCAACAGAUUGCCAUGGAAACGUACAUCCGUCAGAGGCAGCUAAUCAUGUCUCCUCUCAUGCCGUCUCGUGUCAUUGGCGAGAAUGAGCCACUCGUUGCUGUCUUCAACAAGGUCAUUGCAGCGCGAGAGGUCAACCACAAAGGACAGGACGUGUGA